AUGAAGGUGGUUAAGCCGAGGAGCGAGUUCUUAUCGAACUACGAAGUGUUGCGACACUUGAAAGGAAUCCAAAAGAAGAACAAUUGGGUGUUCUCAGACAAAGAUAAGAAGGAGUCGAAUAAAAGACAUCGAGAUUUCGGUGGAGUCAAUUUGGAAAUGGUGGUGAAGGAUUCCUUACAAUAUUUAGAAAGUAGUCCUUGUGGAGUUAUAGGAUCUAUUGAUAGUUUCAAGCAGUUGAUGAUAUUUUUGAAUCAGUUUGAGUUGAUGAAGGCAGAGAAGUUGCAAAUAGUCAAUACUUUGCCCAGAUCAAUGGUACUUCUUUAUGCCUUGGUGGAGGAAUGCGACCAACGAUUCUCGGAAGCUGAGAGUGAACUGAUAAUAGAAAAGAUAAAUGAGUUGUAUCCAGUUGAGGAGGAAGCCGAAGGGGAAGAGGACGGAGAGGAGGCAGAAGAAGCAGAAGAAGUGGAGGGUGAAGAUGUCGAAGCAGAGGCCGACAAUUAA